AUGUUCUGCUUUGAGACGGCCAUGAACAUGCUCUACUGGUCAGCACUCGUCUAUGACUACGAGGAGGCGUUGGAUUCGAAGCUAUCACUGGACACGGCAAUGAGCCUGUAUGGGCUGGAGCACUCGGAGCUGUUUUGGGAGAAAGCGCUGGACACAAAACUGCUCAUGGCCUGGAACAAGCACACAAUCGUUAUGGCCUUCCGCGGCACCGCCUCCUUCGCCAACGCCCUCGCAGACCUGCAGGCGUGGCAGAUCGCGCACCCGCCGGCGCGCGGAUUUGUUUUCCGGCACCGGCCGCGCGUUCAUCUCGGCUUCUGGAAAUCGUGGACCGCCAACGGACUCAACAAACGCGUCUGCCAGCGCAUCAUGUCGAUUCUGCGCUCGCCUGAUGUUGACUCCGAGCGCGUCAAAGUCUACAUAACCGGGCAUUCGCUGGGCGGCGCGCUGGCAACGUUGGCUGCGCACGAGUUACGGGCGACGGCUCGGAGCUACGGUGUCGACCGCGAGCUGGCAUGCUACACAUUCGGAGCGCCCCGCGUCGGUAACCACGCCUUUGCGCGCGAAUUCAACGAGGUGGCGCCGGACACGUGGCACAUAAUCAACGACCAGGACGUUGUGGCCAAGGCGCCAAAAUUCCUGAUACUUUACAAGCGCGCGGGGCAUCGAGUGGUGAUUAAUAAAAUGGGGGACAUGAUUGUGCGGCCGUCCUUCAUCGAGAUCACCAUGCGCAACGGCAGCAGCAGCGUGGCACACCACAUGCUGGGCAGCUACCAGCGCUCGCUGCUGGCGAUCCUCUUGGCGCAGUUCACCAAGAAGCGCUUCUCUGGCGGCAUGGCAGGCGUCGUGCGCCUGGCAACUUCCUCCGAGCCUGUGCAGGAGCUGCUGCUAGAGGAGGCCGGCCUGGACAUAGCAGCGCUGCGGCGGCUGAGCAAGUGGGGAGCGCUCGCGCCGCAGAUCGGCGCGAAGAUCAGCGCCACUCUUCGCCGGCGCACGACCGGAUCCCUGCCCACGAGGCGCUCCCCUUCGCUGCCCGGCAGCGGGCAUGGCUCUGCCAACGGCCGCAGGCGCGCAGCGGGCAGGCCUCUACCAACGCUGACAGCCCCGGAGCCGCUGACGCGCAUAUCGCUGAGCGGGGAGCUGCCAUCAGUGGCAGAGCACAGCGCGGAACCAGAUCAGAAGAGCUCUCCCAUGGACCCAGAACAGGCGACGCACAGGAACGCGCCAGAAAAGGCGCGGCGAGGGGACCGGGGGGACCGCUCGGCGUCAGAGGGGGAACCGAUACGGGAAAGGGAGCUGAGCCUGCGGGAGAGGUACGCCGCGGGGCAGACAAGUGGAUCGGGCGGAGAUGGGUUGAUCGAGCGGGGUGCCCUCAUGAAGUCAGAAACUGCCGUGCAGCUGCCGGGAGCCGGAAGGUGA